CUAGCCAAGCCAAGACGCAGAGAGGAAACUGUAUUUCUCGUGAGAGUGUGUGAUUGUGAUAACAAUAAUAGAGCGGACGAGUCAGAUAGGUCUCUUGCUUUCUAUGACUCACUGAGUUGGACAAAAAUGGCAUCCAAGCUCUGUGACUCGUGCAAAUCCGCCACGGCCACUCUGUUCUGCCGGGCGGACUCGGCUUUUUUGUGUGUCAACUGCGAUACGAAAAUCCACACGGCCAACAAGCUCGCGUCUCGCCACGCGCGAGUUUGGGUGUGCGAGGUCUGCGAGCAGGCGCCGGCUCACGUCACAUGCAAGGCCGACGCCGCUGCACUCUGCUUCGCGUGCGACCACGACAUCCACUCGGCUAACCCCCUGGCGCGUCGGCAUGAGCGUGUACCAGUCACUCCAUUCUACGACUCCGUGAACUCCGCUGACAAACAUAACGGUGUCGUCAACUUCUUUGAUGACGUGGAGGGAGGUGGUGAUGUCAGUAGGGAGGAAGCUGAAGCAGCUUCAUGGCUGUUGCCCAACCCAAAGGUGGUUGAAGAUGGCUCUGAAAUGAACACUGGACAGUACGUGUUCUCGGAUAUGGAUCCGUAUUUGGAUCUGGAUUAUGGGCCUGUGGAUCCGAAACUGGAGGCCCAAGAACAGAACAGUUCAGGUACAGACGGAGUCGUCCCUGUACAAAGCCAAACCGCUCCCGUUCCUCUGGUGAACGACCACUGCUUCGACCUGGAUUUCUCCGGCUCCAAAUCUUUUGGCUAUGGAUACAACAACACUCAGUGUCUCAGUCAUAGUGUGUCGUCAUCAUCGUUGGAUGUUGGAGUGGUGCCAGACGGCAGUGCGACGACGGAGUCGACAAAUCAGACGGUUCAGCUUUCAUCGGCGGACAGGGAGGCGCGUGUGCUGAGGUACAGAGAGAAGAGAAAGAACAGGAAGUUUGAGAAGACGAUACGGUAUGCAUCAAGAAAGGCGUACGCGGAGAUGAGGCCGAGAAUCAAAGGAAGGUUCGCAAAGCGUACGGACAUGGACGUGGAAGCCGAUCGGAGUAGCAACAGUAGUAGUAUCUACGGAUUCGGCGUCGUUCCGUCUUACUAAUUAUCUAAGAAAAUAAUUUUUAUGUAAUAAAAUUUGGGUGUUUAAAUUUAUGGUUGAAUGUAUAUAAGGUAAGGUCGGUGAGAUGUCUGAUUUGGUGCAAGUUUUUAUGUAGUAAUCGAGUAAUGAACUUUUAAUGUAUGAUCGAAGUUUUUUCCU